AUUUUAUUUUAUUUAUUGUCGCUUACACAAAAAUGUCACUUCCGCUUAAUCGGUUCGCCAUCUUGAACAGGCUUGGCUAGUGUAUGAAACGGUCUAGACGUAUUUAAAAAAAAAAAAAAAAAAAAACUGUUCGGUCUGCUGUUUAUUUUGAUAGUAUUUUUUGUUGUUGUUGUUGUUUUUUACCUAGUUGAUGAUAAACUUAACAGAGAGAUCAGUGGCCUUCUAAAGACAAUCUCAAAUUUAGCUGAUUAUGGAAACCUAUGGAUUCCCCAAGAUAAAGUUGAAAAGAUCCACCGGCAGCAAAGCCGAAACGAAGGACAGUUGCAGCAUUUGUUUAUUUUUUCUUUAAUCGCCCGGAUUAAUUCCUUCAGGAGGAAACGAAAAGUUCCAAGCAGCACGGGCAAAAAACAAGGAGAAAUGUUUCAGCUUCCGGUAAACAACCUUACACGACUGAGAAAAGCUAGGAAAAGGGUCAAGAGGCUGUUAAGUGAUAUUGGCUUGGACUACUGCAAGGAACACGUAGAGGAUUACAAAGAGUUUGGUCCUGAUGAGUUCUAUUUGAAACAUUUUUACCUUGAUGUAUGCGUGUGGGAUCCAUCGUGGACGAAGUCACAGGACUACAGAACGAAGCAAUUUUGCUGCUCAGAUUGUCCCUUUGCUUCCAAAUACUUCUCAGCCUACAAGAAUCACUUUCGCAAUGUUCACAGAGAUGACUUUGAGAACCGCAUCCUGCUCAACUGCUCCUAUUGCAUGUACAGUGGGAACAAACGAACUCUGGAGACUCAUGUUAGGCUCUUCCACAUGCCUUAUAACAUUGUGCGACAGGGCAUUGCCAAUCCACUUGGAGCCAUGGUGAGUGGUAAGGAUAGUAUACGGAUGGACAAGCCUAUGCUGACUGACAGAAAGGAGCUGGCAGUGUACUACUGCAAGAAAUGCAACUAUCGGGACAGAUUAUACAAUGUAGUGCGCAGGCACAUUUAUAGGGAACACUUUCAGCAUGUGACUACAAAUUAUGUAGUCAAAAACUCAGAGAAGCAAGAAAUCACUGAGGAAGCCACAAUCAGUAGUCAUGGAAUUCACUGCAAGAGCUGCCCCUUUGUCCCUCGUUCUUAUGAAGCACUGGUUCAACAUGUUAUAGAGUUCCAUGAACGUAUUGGCUAUCAAGUAACUGCCAUGAUUGGCCACACCAAUGUUAUAGUGGCUCGUUCUCAAGCCAGCAUAAUUCAGAGGGGUGCUCCAGUCACACCUGGCAUACCUCCUCACAUGGUGCAGCCUGUUAAUUGCAUUAACAUGCCCAAAGUAAUGAGGGUGCCUGUAGGUAAUCAUUUCAAGCAGGGUGUCACAGGAAGCCCUUGCCAACCACUGUGCAUUACACUACCUGACAAAGUUCUGUUGUCCAGCACAGCUUCCCAGUCAUAUACAGGAAAAAACCUAGGUACCUUUGUGGUCACAUCGUCACAUGGUAAUGCCUCUAUCUCCUCCUCAAUGAAGUCCCUACCCCUUUCGUCAGUGCAUGCUGCUACUGGCACUUUGACCUCAUUACAGGCUAAGAAGGGUUCAGCUAAUGCACUGAACACCUCACAAACACAGAAGUGGAAGAUUUGCCCAAUCUGCAAUGAACUCUUCCCUGAGAGUGCAUACGCCAUUCACAUUGAAAAAGAACAUCAGGCCGAAAGGGUGCAGGCUAUGGCUAAAUACAUUAUGAAGAUCCACAAUUUCACAAGCAAGUGUCUGUAUUGUAACCGCUACCUGACAAGUGACACACUGCUAGACCACAUGCUAAUACAUGGACUGACAUGCCCACAGUGUCAUUCCACAUUUUAUGAGGUUGAGAAGAUGGUAGUGCACAAGAGGCAGAUACAUUCAAAUGAACCAGGGGAUCUUCCUAUUGACUCUCCAUUGACAUUUGACCUGACGAUUCAACAAGGCAGUCCAAAGAAUGUGCAGCUUAUAGUGACCACAUAUAACAUGAAGGAAGUACCCAAUUCAUCAUCCACAACUGUGCAACCACCAAACAGUGCUGGAUUCAGGUCUACAAUAAUUGCAGCAAAGGGGCCAAAAAGAUCCAGUGAAUCACUGAUGAGGAAUUCGUCCCAAAAUGUAGUACCCCAGAACACAGAAAUGGGCAAGAUACUGUGUCCACUCUGCUUCACCAUUGUAAAGGGUCCCAUUUCUGAUGCACUCGCUCAGCAUCUCCAAGACCAGCACCAGGUGCUUCAGACUCUCCAUCCAGUUGAGAAUAAGCUCACUUACAAGUGUAUCCAUUGCUUGGGUGUGUACACAAGUAACAUGACAGUUUCCACAAUCACGCUUCAUCUUGUACACUGCCGAGGGGUUGGACAAACUCUGAAGGUUCACAACAAGAGCUGUAUUUCAGCUCUUAAGCGAGAACUGAUCACCUCAGAUACAUCUGACCCUAAGAAGAAAAAAAUGGUCACUCAAAGCAGGUACUAUCCCACAAUAUUUGUAGAAAAACCUGCAGAGCCUGUUCUCAUCUUGGACCCCAGAGGUCAUGCAGACGAGUCUUAUGAUGCACGCAAGGCUUUCCUGACUGCCUAUUUCAACCAGCAGCCAUAUCCAUCCCAACGAGAGACUGAAAAACUUGCCGCAAGCCUGUGGCUGUGGAAGUCUGAUGUUUUAAGUCACUUUGCCAAUCGAAGGCGUUCAUGUGAACAGGACUUUGUGACUCGUAAACCAUUAGUCUUACUAGGCUUUAACAUGCAAGCAGUGAACCAACUCAAGCAUGAAAUGAACUUUGAUCGUGAGUGGUUGUUCGCAGUUAAUGAUGAGAAGAAAAGUGGAAUUUCAAGAACUGCAAAAAAGAGACUGAAGGCUUUUUUUUAUUUCCCUAGUGACAAGAGCCCCAGCACACGUGUGAAAGAGGCUCUAAAACCUGGACAAUGUACUCAAAGCAACUGUGCCUUCAAGCCAAGCCCUGGAUCUUCAGAACCCUUUGCCAUUGACUUUCAUAAAGAAUCAGAGCAAGAGGAGAUGUCCAUGGAUAAUAGGACGUUGAAAACUACACCUACAUUUCCUUCAGUGGUUCAGACUUGGACAAAAGAGACAGUGCUGCGGGAGAAAUUCCUGUAUAAGAAAGGUGGCAGGGUGGCAAAUACAGAUUUUACCAAGGGAGGGUCAAAGAGUCUAGAUGGAUGUGUGUCUGAUUCCAGAACUGAAGAAGCACCAUGGUCAGGAGGCAUGUCCCCAAAAGAGAGCCUUUAUAGACCAGCUGGACGAUUUGAAGAGAAGGGGAAAGAAAUGAGUUUGCUGAGCAGAUGAUCAAAGUUUUGGUCCAAGUCUCCCACCUCCCAAGGCAAACUUCUUUCAGUCUUGUAUUAGCCCCUGAACCUUAAAUUGUGACAAAUAAAACCGAAAUGAUUUUAUGAAACAAUGGUACAAGCUUACUGAAAUAACACAUUUUACUUUCAGCAUUCCUGUUGUGAACAAGCAGGAGAAAAAUAACAUACUGAAUCAUAUUACAUCACCCAUAUUGCCCCUUAUGAUUUUUACUUCCUUGUGUAUUUACUCACAUAGUUGAUUGAAUUAUUAUAAAGUGUAGAAAGUCUGUUUCUCUCUGAUAAUAAAAUUAACAUUGUCAUUUACUAUAGUGCUUGGAUAUGAUAUUUUCAUUGUCCUAAACAAAGGUCAGUGGAUUUAAUUUUAAUACUUGUGAACUCCGUUUCCAUUGACCAAAUACUCAAUAUUUCAGUAGAUCCUGUAGCUUUAACAAUUUCUUGCAUUAUUAAAUCAUGCCAUAUAUUUAAGUUUUGAUAAUAUUGUAAGCAGAGCCAAUGUGGGUUUUUUUCUGGAUCUGAAUAAACUUUGUUUCAUGAGUGUUAA